AUGUUCGACGAUUUGCUUAAAUUGCUGCGCAGUCCACACUGGGUCAAUUCACCCAUCGCUCGGCGCUUUGGGUUCCUUGGUUCUGAGCUGACGUAUGAGGAAAGCGAACAAGAAGACACGCCGUCAAAUUGGACCAAGAUUUCGACUUCCGGCCACCGGCCUCCCAUGCGGAGCGGCCACUCUUCUCUAGUCGUCGGUGACGUGAUGUAUGUCUUCGGAGGGUACAACGACGGAAACUGUCACAAUGAUGUCUACGCCUUCAACCUGGUUCACCACCAUUGGCAGCUCAUCGAGAAAACGAGCAGCGUCUGUCCUGACGGCCGUGCUUCUCAUGCUUGGUGUGCGUCAACCGAUAAGACGAAGCUGUACCUAUUUGGUGGGUCAGGACCGCACUGGGGCCAGACCAAUAUGGGAAAAUUGCUGCAGUUUAACAUACGCGAUAAGAGCUGGACGAUCGUUGAGGCAAAGGGCACGCAGCCGCCUCCGGGAUACGGCCAGACUAUGUGUGCCAAUGACAACAUGCUGUACCUUUUCGGAGGCACUUCUGGACACGUGUACGUGAACGAUCUGUACAUUUUUGACGAAGCAACGAAGAUCUGGAGAAAGGAGGAGACAGGAGGCAAGCGCCCCAGCCCGCGGUACAAGCACCAAGCGACAAUGAUCGACAAUCGCAUGUAUGUUAUCGGGGGCGGACUUUACGAUCCUCCCACAGGACCUAUCGACACGUACUACCUCGAUGUGGGUACACUCGAAUGGCACGACGUCGAGUGCAGCGGUAACAUUCCGAAGUCGCGCAUCGCACAUACAAUUUCUCAGUUGUCCAGUGACCCGUACCGACUGGUCAUGUUCGGUGGGCGCGACGACAGUGGUUCACGACAAAAUGAGAUGAGUGAACUGAACUUGCAGACAGGGGAAUGGCAGAUCUUCAGUAACAACGAGGGAAGUUACCAGCCCGACCCUCGAGACUUCCACACUAGUGUCGUUUACGAUGACCGUAUUUUUGUAUUCGGCGGAUCGAACGGCGUGGAGCGCAACAAUGACGUUUUCCGGUACACGAUGAAGCACCAACCGUCGACGCUAUUGAUUCUUGCCAUGCACGUUUUGCACGAGCACAUUGACUGCGUGGGAGAGGACGUGGAAGCGCUGCCAGCUGAGUUGAAAUACGGCGUGGAGAACAUAAAUUCUGAUGUGGAGUGCUCUUACAACCCGACAUGGUACGCCCCAGACGACUGUAGGCAAGAACAUGCGAUGCGAGACAUGUAG